AAAAAAUAAAAAAAGCUAAACGUGGAGCAGCCUGCCGGGGACUGAGAAGGGGAAUCAAUGCAAGAAGCGCAGUAAAAAAAAAAAAAAAAAAAAAAAACCCACUUCGGAGCAAACAGCAUUUAAAAAGCUACGACUCAAGAUAACUGAAACCUAAAAUAAAACCUGCUCAUACACCAUGGUUUUUCAAACUCGGUACCCUUCAUGGAUUAUUUUAUGCUACAUCUGGCUGCUCCGCUUUGCACACACAGGGGAGGCGCAGGCUGCGAAGGAAGUAUUACUGCUGGAUUCUAAAGCACAACAAACAGAAUUGGAAUGGAUUUCUUCUCCACCCAAUGGGUGGGAAGAAAUUAGUGGUUUGGAUGAGAACUAUACCCCGAUACGAACAUACCAGGUGUGCCAGGUCAUGGAGCCCAACCAAAACAACUGGUUGCGGACUAACUGGAUUUCAAAAGGCAAUGCACAAAGGAUUUUUGUAGAAUUGAAAUUCACCCUGAGGGAUUGUAACAGCCUUCCUGGAGUACUGGGAACUUGCAAGGAAACCUUUAAUUUGUACUAUUAUGAAACAGACUACGACACUGGCAGGAAUAUAAGAGAAAACCUCUAUGUAAAAAUAGACACCAUUGCUGCAGAUGAAAGUUUUACCCAAGGUGACCUUGGUGAAAGAAAGAUGAAACUUAACACUGAGGUGAGAGAGAUUGGACCUUUGUCCAAAAAGGGAUUCUAUCUUGCCUUUCAGGACGUAGGGGCUUGCAUAGCUUUGGUUUCUGUCAAAGUGUACUACAAGAAGUGCUGGUCCAUUAUUGAGAACUUAGCUGUCUUUCCAGAUACAGUGACUGGUUCAGAAUUUUCCUCUUUAGUCGAGGUUCGAGGCACAUGUGUCAACAGUGCAGAGGAGGAAGCGGAAAACUCCCCCAGGAUGCACUGUAGUGCAGAAGGAGAAUGGUUAGUGCCCAUUGGAAAAUGUAUCUGCAAAGCAGGCUACCAGCAAAAAGGGGACGCUUGUGAACCCUGUGGCCGUGGAUUCUACAAAUCUUCCUCUCAAGAUCUUCAGUGCUCUCGUUGUCCAACUCACAGUUCCUCUGAUAAAGAAGGCUCCUCAAGAUGUGAAUGUGAAGAUGGGUAUUACAGGGCUCCAUCUGACCCACCGUAUGUUGCCUGCACAAGGCCUCCAUCUGCACCACAGAACCUCAUUUUCAACAUCAACCAAACCACAGUAAGUUUGGAAUGGAGUCCUCCUGCUGACAAUGGGGGAAGAAAUGAUGUGACCUACAGAAUAUUGUGUAAGCGGUGCAGUUGGGAGCAGGGCGAGUGUGUUCCCUGUGGGAGUAACAUUGGAUACAUGCCCCAGCAGACUGGAUUAGAGGAUAACUAUGUCACUGUCAUGGACCUGCUAGCCCACGCUAAUUAUACUUUUGAAGUUGAAGCUGUAAACGGAGUUUCUGACUUAAGCCGAUCCCAGAGGCUCUUUGCGGCUGUCAGUAUCACCACUGGUCAAGCAGCUCCCUCGCAAGUGAGCGGAGUAAUGAAGGAGAGAGUGCUGCAGCGGAGUGUCGAGCUUUCCUGGCAGGAACCAGAGCAUCCCAAUGGAGUCAUCACAGAAUAUGAAAUCAAGUAUUACGAGAAAGAUCAAAGGGAACGGACUUACUCAACAGUAAAAACCAAGUCCACUUCUGCCUCCAUUAAUAAUUUGAAACCAGGAACAGUGUAUGUUUUCCAGAUUCGGGCUUUUACUGCUGCUGGUUAUGGAAAUUACAGUCCCAGACUUGAUGUUGCUACACUAGAGGAAGCUACAGGUAAAAUGUUUGAAGCUACAGCCGUCUCAAGUGAACAAAAUCCUGUUAUUAUAAUCGCUGUGGUUGCUGUGGCCGGGACCAUCAUUUUGGUGUUCAUGGUUUUUGGCUUCAUCAUCGGAAGAAGGCACUGUGGUUAUAGCAAAGCUGACCAAGAAGGGGAUGAAGAACUUUACUUUCAUUUUAAAUUUCCAGGCACCAAAACCUACAUUGACCCUGAAACCUAUGAGGACCCAAAUAGAGCUGUCCAUCAAUUCGCCAAGGAGCUAGAUGCCUCCUGUAUUAAAAUUGAGCGUGUGAUUGGUGCAGGAGAAUUUGGAGAAGUCUGCAGUGGUCGUUUGAAACUUCCAGGGAAAAGAGAUGUUGCGGUAGCCAUCAAAACUCUGAAAGUUGGUUACACAGAAAAACAAAGGAGAGACUUUCUGUGCGAAGCAAGCAUCAUGGGGCAGUUUGACCACCCAAAUGUUGUCCAUUUGGAAGGGGUUGUUACAAGAGGGAAACCAGUUAUGAUUGUAAUAGAAUUCAUGGAAAAUGGAGCCCUAGAUGCAUUUCUCAGAAAACAUGAUGGGCAAUUUACAGUCAUUCAGUUAGUAGGAAUGCUGAGAGGAAUUGCUGCUGGAAUGAGAUAUUUGGCCGAUAUGGGAUAUGUUCACAGGGACCUUGCAGCUCGAAAUAUUCUUGUCAACAGCAAUCUUGUUUGUAAGGUGUCAGAUUUCGGCCUGUCCCGAGUUAUAGAGGAUGAUCCAGAAGCUGUCUAUACAACUACUGGUGGGAAAAUCCCUGUAAGGUGGACAGCACCUGAAGCUAUCCAGUACCGGAAAUUCACGUCAGCCAGUGAUGUAUGGAGCUAUGGAAUAGUCAUGUGGGAAGUUAUGUCUUAUGGAGAAAGACCUUACUGGGACAUGUCAAAUCAAGAUGUUAUAAAAGCAAUAGAAGAAGGUUAUCGCUUACCAGCACCCAUGGACUGCCCAGCUGGUCUUCACCAGCUAAUGCUGGAUUGUUGGCAAAAGGAGCGUGCUGAAAGGCCAAAGUUUGAACAGAUAGUCGGAAUUCUAGACAAAAUGAUUCGAAACCCAAAUAGCCUGAAAACACCCCUGGGAACUUGUAGUAGGCCAAUAAGCCCUCUUCUGGAUCAAAACGCUCCUGACUUCACUGCCUUCUGUUCAGUUGGAGAAUGGCUACAAGCUAUUAAGAUGGAAAGAUACAAAGAUAACUUCACAGCAGCUGGCUACAACUCCCUUGAGUCAGUGGCCAGGAUGACUAUUGAGGAUGUGAUGAGUUUAGGGAUCACGCUGGUUGGCCAUCAAAAGAAAAUCAUGAGCAGCAUUCAGACUAUGAGGGCACAAAUGCUACAUUUACAUGGAACUGGCAUUCAAGUGUGAUAAGCAUUUCUCCCUUCUAAGGGAGAUUGUGGACUAUAAGUGAACAGUACUGGCCUUCAGUAUAUGCAUAGAAUGCUGCUAGAAGACAGUUGAUGUCCUGGGUCCUUUCUACAAGUGAAGAGAAGAUUUAAGAAGCACCUAUAGACUUGAACUCCUAAGUGCCACCAGAAUAUAUAAAAAGGGAAUUUAGGAUCCACCACUGGUGGCCAGAAAAACAGCAGUGACAAUAAACAAAGUACUACCUGAAAAACAUCCAAACACCUUGAGCUCUCUAACCUCCUUUUUAUCUUAUAGACUUUUU